GCAUCCUUAUCUCAUAGAUAAAUCCUGCUUCAACACGUUCUUCAACUUUGAGGAUAUGCAAGAGAUCACCCAGCACUUUGCUGUCUGUCAUGUUGAUGCCCCAGGCCAACAAGAAGCAGCACCCUCCUUCCCAACAGGGUAUCAGUACCCUACCAUGGAUGAGCUAGCUGAGAUGCUGCCUCCCGUUCUUACACACUUAAGUGUGAAGAGCAUCAUUGGUAUCGGAGUUGGAGCAGGAGCCUACAUCCUCAGCAGGUUUGCACUCAAUCAUCCAGAGCUGGUAGAAGGUCUUGUGCUCAUUAACAUUGACCCGUGUGCUAAAGGCUGGAUUGACUGGGCAGCUUCCAAA